AUAUAUGUGUCGUUGUGUGAGUGAGUGAAUGAGUGAAUAAUGUAUGUACUAUGAGAGACUCUUCUUGCUUUGCGGUUCUUUUAUUUCUUGACUCUUAUAAUACAUAAUAAAUAAAUAUAAUAAUAUAAAGAAAGAAAAAAAAGAAGAGAAAGAGAGCGUCAUGAGGAUGGAGAUGAAGAAGGAUAUUGGAGCUACUAAUCAAGCUGUGGUGAAUAAUGGUAACUUUGUGGCAGAAGAUGAAGAAGAAGCUGUCUCAAGCUUUAAAUUUUCACAUCUUCUUGCUUCUAAGGAUCGUGAUUUUCUUCUAUCACCGUCUGGAGCUCAGGUGAAAGUUUCAGAACUUGAAGGGAAAAUAGUGGGUCUAUUAUUUGCUGCCAAUUGGUACCCACCAUGUCGUGGAUUCACUCAAUUGCUCAUUGGUAUCUACCAAGAACUCAAAAACAACAUCCCACAAUUUGAAAUAGUGUAUGUCUCAUCUGACGAAGACUUAGAUGCAUUUAAUGGAUUCUACCAAAACAUGCCAUGGUUAGCAAUUCCUUUCUCUGAUUUAGAAACAAAAAAAGCAUUGAACAGAAAAUAUGAUGUUGAAGGUAUUCCAUGUUUGGUUAUGUUACAACCUGAUGAUAGUAAAGGUGAAGCAACACUUCGUGAUGGUGUUGAACUUAUUUAUCGAUAUGGUGUUCAAGCUUAUCCGUUUAGUAAAGAGAGAUUGGAACAAUUGCAUGAAGCUGAAAGAGAGAAGCUUGAAAAUCAAACACUUGCUAAUUUACUUGCUAAUAAUCAUAGAGAUUAUGUUUUGAGUCAUACAACUGGAUUACUCACACAGGUACCUGUUGCAUCUUUAGUGGGAAAAACUAUUGGACUAUACUUCUCAGCUGGAUGGUGUGUCCCAUGCACCAAAUUCACUCCCAAAUUGAUUUCAGUUUAUCAGAAAAUCAAGCAAGAGUUAGCUGAAAAACAAGAUGAUGAAGAAGGUUUUGAAAUUGUUCUUGUUUCGAACGACCGUGAUCAAGAAUCGUUCGACUCUUACUACAACACCAUGCCUUGGUUAGCAUUACCAUUUGGUGACCCAGAAAUAAAGAACCUUGCAAGACACUUUGAUGUACAAGGAAUACCUUGUUUGGUAAUUAUAGGUCCAAAUGGUAAAACAAUAACAAUACAUGGAAGAAACUUGAUUAAUUUGUAUCAAGAAAAUGCUUAUCCUUUCACUGCUACUAAAGUGGAGCAGCUAGAGAAACAACUUGAAGAAGAGGCUAAGGAUCUUCCAAAUUUAGUGCAACAUGAAGGGCACCAUCAUGGAUUGAAUUUAGUGUCUGAUGGAAAUGGUGGAGGACCCUUUAUUUGUUGUGUUUGUGAUGAACAAGGGUCUAAUUGGGCUUAUCAAUGUCUUCAAUGUGGCUAUGAAGUACACCCAAAGUGUGUCACAGCUAUUCAUGGAUAGUGACAAAUUCAAGUCCCUGGUUGCUUGUAACAAAAUUAAUUACCUACACACACCAACUAAUUGUGUGUGUCUUGAAUGUGCUAGAUUAGGUGGUUACAUUAUUAAUCCUAAUCACAAGGAUUGGAAUUCCUUUCACAUUCAAAUAGGUGGUUAGAUAUUAUUUAAUGGCUUUCUAUUUCUUGUUGUUAUAUGACUAAAAGAAAAUGUGUGUGACAAACUAUUAAAGGGAAAUGAGGCUGAGAAAUGACAUGUUCUAUUCUAUUAUUUCUAAUAAAUGGAAAUUUGAUGAAACUAUUAAGGUA